UUGCGGGGUCUGCUCAGCUACAUUUACUGCAGUGUCUUAAAGACUAGAGGCGCCUUUACUUCACAUAAUUAAAAUACCUUAUAUGCUUCUUAAAUAUUUUUGUUGCUCUUGAUCCUUGUUUGGUCCGGUUAGUGUUCAGAAGCUCUGUUCGGAAUUUGGCUGAAAGUGGGGGAUUCAAAAGGUAAAACCUGGCAACGUGAAACAAACUAGCUGAGCUAGACAACGGCUGUUUAGCAGCUAGCUACCUCUCCGUGCUCGUUUGCACAGUCCACGAAACAGCCGUGAUAUAAUACUACAGUGUGCUUCGGAAUUAUGUCGGCAAGUGACAAUGACUCCGACAACUUGACCAGAACAGGUUCUCCAGUUCAUCACAGAAAAAAACACAGCAUGGAGUCAUCCAGAUCUCCCAGAAGCUCCAAACACCACCAUUCACGGUCAAGGUCACGCUCCAGGGACCGAAAACGUGACAGGAAAUACAGACGGAGUCGAAGCAGGAGCAAAGAGGCACGAAAGAGAGAUUCUCAGAAGCCAUCCAAAUCACACAGAAAAACAGAUGAGCAGCAAGAGCCAGAGAGACUUUCAGCAGAGCAUGGAGAGGAGCGAUCCAGACGCAAAGACAGGAGGCCCUCCAAGGGAAGGAGCUUGUCCAGGUCACACUCACGAGAGAGGCGACAUCACAGCAAAAGUAAGGACAAACGGAGAUCACGAUCGCGCAGCCGGGACAGAAAGAAGAAGGCCAGGUCUCGCUCAGGUUCAAGGACCAAACACCGUCAUCAUAGCAGAAGUCGCAGUAAAAGCAGAGAUCGAAAGAAAAGGAGUGAGAAAGUGCGCAGAAAGAGUCGAAGCAGGUCUGUUAAUCCACCUGCCUUCCGGGGCCGAAACACAGCUAUGGAUGCACAAGAGGCCCUGGCCAGAAGGCUGGAGAGAGCCAAGAAACUGCAGGAGCAGAAGGAGAAGGAAAUGUUUGAGAAACAGCAGCAGCAACAGCAGGAGAUAGCUGCAGUGGCGGCCCCUAUUGCAGCGGCUGCUGCUGCUGCGGCAGCAGCCUCCUCGAACCCUGGACUCAAUGUGGCAGCCCUCCUGGCCUCUGGGACGCAGGUCACACCCCAGAUUGCUAUGGCAGCACAGAUGGCAGCCCUUCAAGCAAAAACACUGGCAGAGACUGGUAUUGCUGUGCCAAGCUACUAUAACCCAUCUUCUGUAAACCCCAUGAAGUUUGCGGAGCAGGAAAAAAAGAGGAAAAUGCUAUGGCAGGGAAAGAAAGAUGGAGACAAGUCCCAGACAGCUGAGUUGUGGGAGAAGCUAAACUUUGGAAACAAGGACCAAAAUGUUAAAUUUCGCAAACUAAUGGGUAUUAAAGGAGAGGAUGAGGCUGAAGCUGCCAAACCAAUUAACGAUGAAGGUAUGAAGACUCUUCAAAAGCAGGAGGAGAUGUUUAGGAACCUUGAUGUUCAGUAUGAGAUGGCACGGUCGCAGACACACACCCAGAGGGGAAUGGGCCUCGGCUUCUCCUCCUCAUUCUCCCGUGGAAUGGAUUCUAUCUAGCGCCAAACAUCGGCUGUCUUUGCCACUCAUCUGAUCAUAUAGGACCACCAAUUCAUCGCCAGUCCUCAAGCUUGAGGAUGCAGCUUGCAUGGAUGUUGCUCUGAAUCUGUAAUUUAUUUAUAGACAAACAUUUUGCAUAUUUGAACAUUACAUUGUAAAUAGACAGAUGCUGAGUUUGUCUCAGUGUUGAAUCCGUACAUCUUUGCAAAAAGGAUGCAUCAGUUUGACUGGUUGAUACUGGUUGAAAUUAGAUUUGUUUCAAUAAUGUGGUAGCUUUUUUUUAAAAAACUCAAACAUGUAUUGAUAUGUAAUUGUUUGAACAUAAGCUGAAUAUAUUGUGGUUCAAGUGAGCACUGUUUACAUCAACUUAUGGAAAGGCAUCUGAAGUCAAUGUACCAUUAUUAUAGUCCCUUAAUUUUACUUCCCCUGUUUGGGAAAAAGAAAAUGGGAAUAUAAUACAUAUUGUCUUCGAGAUCAAACCACGGACGAAGAUGAGCUUGAGGAGUAAUCACACUUUUCAAAUGUUAUUGAAAUAAAUUAGUUUUGUGUUGAAUUUUUUUUUCUUUUCACCUCAAUUUUUAUUUUAUGUGAUAUUUGUGAGUUAUUACCUCUUGGUUCAAUUCGAGUUGUGUUAAUGCUUGGGCUGGGCCUUAAGGAUUAAAUUAACAUCAAAAGAU